AUGCCACCAAAAAAGGCUUCGAGUGCCGAUGCUCCUAAUCCGGCAUCAACUAAGCGGUAUCGCGGCAAGAUACUUCGGCUGCGGAAGAGCAUCCAGCAAUGCCUCGAUGACGGCAAUGCAUUAUUGUCUGGAGCUCCCUCAUCUGCAACAGCAGAAAAGCUAAGUGAAACAUGUGCAUCUUUAGAGUCCGAUGUCGUAGCAUUUGAUGAGGUCUGUGAGCUUUUGUCAAAUUGUGUUGAUUCCUCCGCCCUGGAGAGCUCUGACGAAGCUGCUUGUAAACAGGAAGCAGACGAUAAUCUGGACUUCCAGUUUGAAGCUAUGAGCGUGAUCAAAAAGCUCAAAUUCCGAAUUUCUCAACUGAAAUCAGCAGCAGAUUGUCAGACCUCUCCAGAGUCGAGUACUAACAAAUCGGACGACGACUCAGUUGUCAAGCUAAUGCAAAGCCAGAUGAAAGAGUUACUCACCAUUCAUCGUCAAACACAGGAACAAACUCAAUCUCUGCUACAACAGCAUAGUGAAUCACUCACCACUCAAGCAUCUCACAAGUCCACUGUCAAUUUACCAAAGUUAGGUUUACCUAAAUUCAACGGUGACAUCCUGCAAUGGAAGUCUUUCCACGACAUGUUCAUGGCAUCUGUACACAAACACACUGGAUUAAGCGAUGUACAGAAGCUUUCCUCCCUAAAGGAGCAUGUGACACACAAUGCACUCGACACCAUUUCUGGUUUGUCUCUGUCAGAUGCUAAUUAUGCUGUUGCUCUUGGCCUGCUCGACGAGCGUUAUGGCAACACGCAGGUGCAGGUUAAUGCUCACCAUGUCGCCCUGAUGGAAACUCCACCGGCAACCAACAAGCCGUCCUCGCUCCGUAAGCUGUACGAUACGGUAGAACUACAUCUACGCAGUCUCAACGCUCUUGAAGAAGACACUGACCAACCGAUCUUCAUUUCACUGAUGACCAGCAAGCUUCCGCGUCACGUGCUUGCGCAACUUGAGUUGCAGAAAGGCAUCGAUCCAUGGUCUGUCGCCGAGCUGAGAGUCAAACUGUGUGCGUAUAUAGUAGCGCAGGAGACAGCCGAGCGCCAGUCCAGUCAUGCCGCCAGUAGCAAACAUGAACAGCCGUCUUGCGUACAUAAGUCGUCCGUACUUCUUGUCGGCGAGUCGAGUCGCCAAUCACAGCCAAGAAAGAAAGUCUGCGCUUUCUGCAGGGAAAGCCACUACUCUGACAUGUGUUCCAAGUAUAGCACACUUGAAACAAGGAAACCACGCCUCGGCGACAAGUGCCAACGGUGCCUACGGCCAGGCCACAGUGUUUCGUCAUGUAGUCUGCAGAAGCCUUGCUUCUAUUGUCGUAAGCCUGACCACCACUCCAGUCUGUGUCCCGUGAAAUUCGGUGCACACCCAAGCUCCGCAAUGUGUGCCAACGCGGCACCUUUCCAGCCACGUCCUGCCAUUACCACAGUCGCAGGCGACAAUCAGUCCGUUGUCAUGCAAACCGCAGUUGUAGAUGUAGUGUCCAAAUCUUCCGGUACCCCGACCACGCUGUCUGCACGUAUACUGUUCGAUAGUGGCUCUUGCCGGUCGUACGUCACGCAGGCGCUCCAGGCGAAAGCCAACCUCAGUGUUCUAGGUCAAGAUCACAUUGCCCUCUCUACUUUCGGUAGUGCAUCGAGGAACACGUCUCAGUACCCACGCGUCGAAGUCAAUCUCAAACUGAAGAAUGGCUCAAUCCUUCCGCUGUCCGCCAAUGUGAUUCCCCAAAUCACUUCACCGAUAUGGCGCGUCCCCUUGGACACCAACAGACACCCGAGCCUCAACACCCUUCCUCUUGCGGAGCCGCUCACGUCAUCCAACGAUCGCCUGUGUAUCGACAUCCUCAUUGGUCUUGAUCACUACUACAAGAUCCUGGGCACAGACCGCAUCUCCUUUCCCGAUGGCCUGCAGCUUUUGGACUCGUCACUUGGUUUCGUUUGCGCCGGAACAGUAGCAACUGAGCACGCCUGUUCGGUAAUCGAGACCAACACCACCUUAGCCGUAGCAAGUCAUCGACGAGAAGAUCCCUCGUUUGACCUUGAGCGCUUCUGGGCUGUUGAAGAUUUCGACUCUCUCAGUGCGACACGCCCCAGCAACGAUCAUGCGUAUGACGACUUCCUCCAAUCGGUCGUGUUUGAGGACGGACGGUACACCGUCGGGUGGCCUUGGCGACAACAACAUCCGCCUUUGGAAAACAACUUUCCACUUGCUUUUGGACGUUUGAAGUCACUCAUUAAACGUCUCCGUCACGAGCCUGAUACCUUCGUCAAGUACAGCAAGGUACUUGAAGAGCAACUGUCACUUGGUAUCAUCGAACGCGUUGCUUUUCCCAGCCAGAGAGACAACUCGCAUCCAAUCCACUACUUGCCACAUCACUGUGUGCUCAAGCUGUCCAGCAGCACCACUAAGAUCCGUGUCGUGUACGACGCAUCCGCUCGUGUAUCGAAGACUUCGCCCAGUCUCAAUGAUUGUCUGUAUCCUGGGCCGUGCAUGAUCCCUGAUCUCUGCGGCAUUCUCCUGCGUUUCCGCAUGCACCCUAUUGCCGUCUGUAGUGACAUCGAGAAAGCGUUCUUACAGAUGAAUUUGAACGUAGCCGAUCGUGAUGUCACUCGUUUCUUGUGGUUGGAUGACCCCAACCAACCAGUCAACUACAGCAAUCUCCAAACUCUGCGUUUCUGUAGAGUCCCUUUCGGUGUUGUUUCCAGCCCUUUCUUGCUGUCUGCAACGAUCAAGUACCACCUCACGCAGACCUGUUCACCGGAGACAGACGACAUUCUCCGAAACACGUACGUAGACAACAUCAUCCUGGGCAAGGACACCAUCAACGAUGCUGUCGCUCACUAUCAAUCAGCAAAGGCGACGUUCUCCGCAAUCAGCAUGAACCUUAGAGAGUGGGCAUCGAACUCUUCCGAAGUUUUGGACAAGAUCCCAGAACACGAUCGCUCAAGAAGCACUCGCGAGAAAUGCCUUGGUCUCCAUUGGGACCCCAGAGAGGACGUCUUGUCCGUACAGUCGCCUAAUGCAGCUAACCUUGUUGUCACUACGAAACGCCAGGUUCUACAGGCACUGUCUCGCUUCUUCGACCCGCUUGGCUUGUUCGCCCCCGUGUCCAUCAGAGCGAAGGUUCUUAUGCAAGAUAUCUGGAAGCUUGCUGUGUCAUGGGAUGACCCACUGCCCUCCGACGUCCUCAGUCGCUGGCACCCAAUAGCCGCCGACCUUGACGAGUCUAGCAGCUAUCCGAUCUUGCGCUACGUCGGUGUACCCACAUGUAAGAGUCCGUCGUAUCAGUUGCAUGUCUUCUGCGAUGCGUCAGCGAUCGCCUAUGCUGCCGUUGCGUACUUGGAAAGCACUGUCGGUGACAAGAAUCAGCGGCACAUCAUCUUCAGCAAGACGAAGGUGUCUCCCGUCAAGGGUCAAACGAUCCCACGGUUAGAGUUGAUGGCGGCAAGCCUAGGAUCUCGCCUUAUCGUGUAUCUACGCAAGCAACUGGACAUCCAGUUCCAAGCCACUCAUCUGUACACCGACUCAACGACUGUACUCCAUUGGCUCAAGUCCACGAAGCUCCCCGUCUUUGAGCAGAACCGCGUCAACGCCAUCGCAGCCGUUCCAGACGUUCUCCACCACUACGUCCCGACAAAGCUGAAUCCAGCCGACCUGCCAUCCCGUGGAUUGAGCGCGGCAGCCUUGUUAAAAUGCGACACCUGGUGGAACGGCCCCAGCCUGCCGAUUGAAGGCACCACUGCAGCAACCGUCACUGUUGCGCCGGCGGAGGGUCCUCCGGAAGUCACCUCAAAGGGGUCGGGGGGUCAGCCAUUUGGUCAGGGUUCACAGACAAAUAAAAAAUCUGAUGUAUUCCCAUAUGGCAUUGUUGUGAACGACUUCUCGUCGUUCGACUCUUUAGUGCGUGUGUCUGCACUUUGCUUUCGUUUCCUCUGUAGGCUGCGGAAGAAACCAACUCCAUCUGGACCUCUCACGCCUAGAGAAAUCGAAGCAGCAGAGCAAGUCUGGAUCAGCCACAGCCAGUCUGCACACUAUGCAGAUGUUAUCACCGCUCUGUCCAGUGGGAAGCAACAUCCGCUGGCAACUAAGCUCAACUUAGUGCUCGACAACGGAGUACUGAGAUGCCGUGGAAGACUGGAGAAUGCUGACCUCUGCUCCAAAUCGAGGUUUCCCGUCCUGAUCUCCAAGGAACACGCCAUUGCCAACCUGAUCAUACGUGAUUGCCACCUCAAGGUCAUGCAUGGCGGCGUAGCGCACACACUAUCCCGUGUCCGAUAUCAGUUUUGGAUCCCGAAAGGCAGAUCAGCUGUAAAGGCCCUCGUGCGCCGCUGUCAGACGUGCAUUCGCUACGAAGGCGCGCCAUACAAGACACCUCAGAUGAGUCCGCUACCUUCUACCAGAGUGACCCAAGCGCGACCAUUCUCUCACAUCGGACUGGACUACUUUGGCCCAGUCCUCGUCCGUACACAGUCAGAAACCGCUAAGGCAUGGGUCUGCCUGAUCACGUGCAUGGUGACCAGAGCUGUUCAUUUGGAGCCAGUCCACGACAUGACAGCUGCCGAGUUUCUGCUCGCAUUGAGACGUUUCGUCGCCCGCCGUGGCACGCCAGAGCUAGUUGUGUCUGACAACGCUCCCCAAUUUAAGCUGGCCAAGUCUGCUCUUGACAUUGCCUGGAGCAACAUUGUGGUGGACACCAGUGUUACGUCCUACAUUAGCCGCCAUCAAAUCCAGUGGCACUUCAUCGUUGCCAACUCUCCGUGGAUGGGUGGAAUGUAUGAAAGGCUUGUGGGUAUUGUCAAGCGUUCUAUGCGCAAGACCAUUGGGAGACGCCUCCUCACAACCAGCCAACUCGCCACUCUCCUGCCAGAAGUUGAGUCUGUCGUCAAUUCUCGGCCGCUAGUCUAUGUCGACGAAGAACAGUGCACAGUCCUGACGCCUGGUCAUUUUAUCAGCCUGUCUGCCACACAGGGGUUCUUCACGGUCAGCAACGACCCAACCGACCCGGAUUACCAGCCUAUCAAUUCCUCUGCAGACAGCCUGUUGGACCUUUGGAAGAAGGGCCAACGACACCUUGAUCAGUUCUGGCUCGCCUGGAGGAACGAGUACCUCCUCAGUCUGCGAGAAGCCCACACGUCGUCUUUUAAGCAGUCAAGGACUCGAUCCUCAACGUUUCCGAAGCCUGCUGACGUUGUCCUCAUCAAGGAGGAAUUGCCUCGCGGCCACUGGCGCCUUGGACGAAUCCAAGAAGUCCACACCAGCAGCGAUGGCAACAUCCGCUCCGCCACCGUCCUCACUUCGGACAAACGCACCGUCAAGCGGCCAGUAAGUCUACUGUGUCCGCUUGAGACCAGCAGUCCCUCGGAAUCCCCAGGUACCCCAGCUCAGGAGACCAGCAGUUCCUCUGAAUCCCCAGGUACCCCAGCUCAGGAGACCAGCAGUACCGCAGCUACCCCAGCUCAGAAGACUAGCACUCCCGUUGCAGUCGUACGAAGACCGACACGAGCCGCUGCCAGCAAGUUUCAGUCCGACUUGCAGGAUUUGAUCGCCGAUGGCCGUGUUUAA